CCUCUCUCUCAGGCUGCAAUGUGCAGUUAGUUAGCAGACAGGCUCAGGGAGGCAGCAUGCAUAGUGUAUGCUCUGUAUAUACACAAGGCUGGAGUGACAUGCUAUGCAGUCAAUGAAACUAACUUACCAGCCUGGCACUGCACACACCAAGCCUGAGGAUAUCUGAGUAACACAGGGGCACAACAGUGAGUCUGGCAGAGAUGCAGAAAUUCAUUCACUGCCUGGAGGAUUGCUCUUGCUGCUGAAGGCACCAUUCACAUUCUACCCACUGUCCACUGACGGGAAUAUAAAAGCUUAGGAAAAACACACAAAAAAGAGAGAAGUUGCUUUUUGAUAUGUGCACAAGCCAUGCAUUUUGGAUAAGCAAGUAUUUUGGCACCUCUAACAGAUUGCAAACUUGUGAAUAAAACAAGUUCCCCGGGACCCUGGGAAGAAAAAAAAAAACUAACCUCUUUUUUUAGUACCAUCUUUUAAGUUUUUGGAAUUUUUGGUUGGGUAUUUUUUUUUAAUUUUUUAUUGCCAAAUGUUAUUGGGAUUUGUUAAGAAGAAAAUGUGUGGCAUUGGUUUCUGGAAGCUGUCCAUCUCUCUGGGGUUAGUGUUGGUGAUCCUGAGUGAAGUGGCACCUCAACCAUGCCCGGCUCAGUGCACUUGUACCGGAACAACGGUGGACUGUCAUGGGCUUGCUCUGCGCAGUGUGCCGCGCAACAUUCCUAGGAAUACUGAACGACUUGAUCUAAAUGGAAAUAAUAUUACAAGAAUUACCAAGACAGAUUUUGCGGGUCUGAGGCAUCUACGUAUCUUGCAGCUUAUGGAGAACAAGAUUAGCACUAUUGAAAGGGGAGCAUUUCUAGACUUAAAAGAACUGGAUAGACUGCGGUUAAAUAGAAAUAAUCUUCAGGUAUUUCCCGAAUUGCUUUUUCUGGGAACUCCUAAACUCUACAGACUUGACCUCAGUGAGAACCAGAUCCAAGCAAUCCCCAGAAAAGCAUUUCGUGGUGCGGUAGAUAUUAAAAAUCUGCAACUGGAUUUUAACCAGAUCAGCUGCAUAGAAGAUGGAUCAUUCCGAGCUCUGCGCGACCUCGAAGUGCUCACGCUCAACAAUAACAACAUCUCUCGACUUUCGGUGGCAAGCUUCAACCAUAUGCCAAAACUUCGAAUUUUCCGGCUUCACUCCAACAACCUAUAUUGUGAUUGUAACCUGGCCUGGUUAUCUGACUGGUUGCGACAGAGACCCCGCGUUGGCUUGUACACUCAAUGCAUGGGACCCAGUCACCUGAGAGGACACAACAUUGCUGAAGUUCAAAAGCGAGAAUUCAUAUGCAGUGGCCAGCAGUCAUUCAUGAUCUCCUCCUGUAGUGUCCUACACUGUCCAGCUGCUUGUACCUGCAGUAAUAAUGUUGUGGACUGUCGAGGAAAAGGAUUAACUGAGAUCCCGACCAAUCUUCCUGAGACAAUAACAGAAAUGAGACUAGAACAAAACUCAAUCAAGGUCAUACCCCAGGGGGCGUUCUCACCAUAUAAAAAACUGAGGAGAAUUGAUUUAAGCAACAACCAGAUAUCUGAAAUAGCCACAGAUGCUUUCCAAGGUCUCCGUUCUCUUAACUCUCUGGUUCUUUAUGGGAAUAAAAUUACAGAACUGCCUCAACGAGUUUUUGAAGGAUUAUUUUCGUUGCAGCUACUGUUGCUCAAUGCCAACAAGAUAAAUUGUCUGAGGGUAGGUGCCUUCCAGGAUCUGCACAACCUGAAUCUCCUCUCUUUGUAUGACAACAAACUUCAAACCAUUGCCAAGGGCACAUUCGCACCACUGCGUGCCAUUCAGACCCUGCAUUUGGCUCAGAACCCAUUUAUCUGUGAUUGCCAUCUGAAGUGGCUGGCGGAUUAUCUGCAUGCAAACCCUAUUGAGACCAGUGGUGCCCGCUGCACCAGCCCCCGUCGACUGGCAAACAAAAGGAUUGGGCAGAUCAAAAGCAAGAAAUUCCGCUGCUCAGCUAAAGAGCAAUAUUUCAUCCCAGGUACAGAAGACUAUAGGUCCAAGCUGAGCGGGGACUGCUUUGCUGACCUGGCAUGUCCAGAAAAGUGUCGCUGUGAAGGCACCACAGUGGAUUGUUCUAACCAGAAGCUCACUAAGAUCCCUGAUCACAUCCCCCAGUAUACCGCUGAGCUGCGUCUUAACAACAAUGAAUUUACAGUGUUAGAAGCAACUGGAAUAUUUAAGAAACUCCUACAACUGCGAAAAAUAAACCUUAGCAACAACAAGAUUGCAGAUAUCGAAGAAGGAGCCUUUGAGGGGGCAAAUGGAGUGAAUGAACUUAUCCUGACCAGUAACCGAAUAGAGAAUGUGCACCAUAAAAUGUUCAAAGGCCUGGACGGGCUCAAAUCAUUGAUGCUGAGAAGUAAUCACAUUACCUGUGUGAAUAAUGACAGCUUCACCGGCCUGAGUUCUGUGCGCUUACUCUCUCUCUAUGACAAUCAGAUUGUCACAGUGGCCCCGGGAGCAUUUGACACGCUGCAUUCUCUGUCUACAUUGAACCUUUUGGGCAAUCCUUUCAAUUGCAACUGUCACCUGGCCUGGUUGGGAAAUUGGUUGAGAAAGAAACGCAUUGUGACUGGAAAUCCUCGAUGCCAAAAACCUUACUUCCUCAAGGAGAUUCCAAUCCAAGAUGUCGCCAUUCAGGACUUUACUUGUGAAGAAGGGAACGAUGACAACACUUGUUCGCCACUUGCUCGCUGCCCAGCAGAGUGUACCUGUCUAGACACGGUAGUCCGCUGCAGUAAUAAAGGUCUUAAAGCAUUACCAAAAGGAAUACCAAAGGAUGUAACCGAGCUGUAUCUGGAUGGAAACCAGUUUACCCUAGUCCCUAAGGAGCUGUCCAAUUACAAGCACUUAAUGCUCAUAGACCUGAGUAAUAACAGAAUCAGCACUCUCUCUAACCAGAGUUUCAGCAACAUGACUCAGCUCCUCACUCUGAUUCUCAGUUACAAUCGUCUUCGAUGCAUUCCACUCCAGGCUUUCGAUGGUCUGAACUCACUCAGGCUCUUGUCUUUACAUGGCAAUGACAUAUCCACUAUCCCUCAAGGGGCCUUUAGUGAUCUUUCAUCGCUUUCACACUUGGCUAUUGGAGCAAACCCUCUGUACUGUGAUUGUAACAUGCAGUGGUUGUCAGAAUGGGUCAAGUCAGAAUACAAAGAACCUGGUAUUGCACGGUGCGCCGGACCUGGAGACAUGGCUGACAAGCUUCUCCUUACUACACCUUCCAAGAAGUUUACAUGUCAUGGACCUGUGGAUGUCAACAUUUUGGCCAAGUGCAACCCAUGUCUAUCCAACCCAUGCAAAAAUGAUGGUACCUGUAAAAAUGACCCAGUGGACUUCUACCGAUGUACAUGUCCCUAUGGUUUCAAGGGUCAGGACUGUGAUAUACCUAUCCAUGCUUGCAUCAGCAGUCCCUGUAAAAAUGGUGGAACAUGCCACUUGAAGGAAGGAGAGAAGGAUGGCUUUUGGUGUACAUGUCCAGAAGGCUUUGAAGGUGAAAACUGCGAGGUGAACAUCGAUGACUGUGAAGAUAAUGACUGUGAGAAUAAUUCUACAUGUAUGGAUGGAAUCAACAACUACACUUGUCUAUGCCCCCCAGAAUAUACAGCUGCUAAUCUGAAUGAGGUGGAAAAAGGUGAACUAUGUGAAGAAAAACUGGACUUCUGUUCCCAGGAAGUAAAUCCAUGCCAGCACGAUUCUAAGUGCAUUGUGACGCAGAGAGGAUACAAAUGUGACUGCACCCCAGGAUAUGUAGGAGAUCACUGCGAUAUAGAUUAUGAUGACUGCCAAGACAACAAGUGUCGUAAUGGUGCACGGUGCACAGAUGCCGUAAAUGGGUAUACAUGCGUGUGCCCAGAUGGCUACAGCGGUCUGUUCUGCGAGUUUCCACCUCCAAUGGUUUUGCCACGUACAAGUCCAUGUGAUAAUUUUGAGUGUCAGAAUGGAGGACAGUGCAUCAUGAAAGGCAAUGACCCAUCCUGUCAAUGCCUCUCUGGCUACCAAGGGGGCAAGUGUGAAAAACUCACAAGCAUCAACUUUAUUAACAAAGAUUCAUUUCUGCAAAUCCCAUCAACAAGGAUCCGCUCUCAAACCAACAUCUCCUUACAGGUGGCCACAGAUGAGGACAGUGGGAUCCUGCUCUACAAAGGGGACAAGGAUCAUGUAGCAGUGGAGUUAUAUCGGGGUAGAGUGCGAGUUAGUUAUGACACUGGAAGUUACCCAGCAUCUGCCAUCUAUAGUGUUGAGACUAUAAAUGAUGGGAAUUUUCACAUUGUGGAACUUGUAAGCCUGGAUCAAACACUAUCACUUAUAGUGGAUGGAGGAAACCCCAAGACUAUUACUAAUUUGUCAAAACAAUCUUCCCUGGGCUUUGACUCUCCGCUUUACGUAGGAGGUAUGCCAAUAAAGAACAAUGUUGCUGUAGUACGUCAGUCUCCCGGACACAAUGGAACUAACUUCCAGGGCUGCAUACGGAACCUAUACAUAAAUAAUGAACUGCAAGACUUUAAGAUGUUUAAUCUGCAAACAGGAAUAGUCCCCGGCUGUGAGCCCUGCCAAAAGAAAGUCUGCGUACAUGGAACAUGUGUAGCUACCAGUCAGUCCGGCUUCACCUGCGAAUGUGAAGGAGGUUGGACAGGACCACUAUGUGAUCAGCAAUCCAACGACCCUUGCCUAGGACACAAGUGUGUACAUGGCACCUGUCUGCCCAUCAAUGCUUUUUCCUACAGCUGUAAAUGUUCCUCAGGCUAUGGUGGUGUCCUGUGUGAUGAGGCUGAAGAACAGCUUAACCCUUGCCAGUCACUAAAGUGUAAACAUGGGAAGUGCAGGCUUUCAGGUCUGGAGAAGGCCUAUUGUGAGUGCAACACUGGAUACACCGGAGACAGCUGUGAUAAAGAAAUCUCUUGCCGAGGGGAACGGAUCAGAGAUUAUUACCAAAAGCAGCAAGGUUAUGCUGCUUGCCAAACGACCGAGAAGGUAUCGCGACUAGAAUGCAGAGGGGGAUGCGCAAAUGGUCAGUGUUGCAGACCACUCAGAAGUAAGCGACGGAAAUACAUUUUUAAUUGCACCGACGGUACCUCAUUUGUGGACGAAAUCGAGAAAGUCAUAAAAUGUGGCUGUUCAAAGUGCCCCUCCUAAAUAUGUAACCUUCAGAAGCCCUCUGAAAAUGUUGUAUACCUUUUAUGGCCGUGUUGGACUAAUUCAAACUUGAUAGUGGAAAAUAUUUGAAUUAUAUUGUAAAAUACAGAAACAGACAUAUUUUUAUUAAGAAAAAAAUGAAAGUGACGUUUUCCUCACUGGCAAUUCAAAAAAAGAAAAAAAAGUCUAAAGUUCUUAAAGCAAGGCUUCUCACAAUAAAGAGAUAUCAGAAGAACAAUGAUGCUAAGUCUAUGGAGAUGUCUCUUGACGAAAGGGAACUACAACUGCUGUUCAUCAUGGUUUGCUCAUUUACAGAUGCUGGAAAAUCAGUGUAAAAAAAAAUUAUUCCCGGAUAAGGAGAAUUUAUUAACAUAUCAGCAUCGAUGAGCCUUACCAAUUGGUUAGCCACAAGCUGUGAAUGAUAGGGGAUCAAGUAGAUUCUGUCUCUCACAUUGAAUUGACUGAACAGCUAAAGCGUAUUAAGGAACUCUGCGCAUUCCAAAUCAUGUGAAGAGGAACCAUAAUGGGGACUGACACUAGCCCAGAGUAGACUUCAGGUUUUAAAAAAUGUUUAUUGUCACGUGAUAGCACAAGAAGCUUAAAGAAGUCUUCAUCUAGCCAUUUUCCAGUAUUAUCUUUUUUUGUAAUAUAAAAAUUAACUGGGCCAUUAGUAAAGAAAAGUCUGGUAGUUUUUUAAUUAGGAAUAAUUUUACAAAAGGUUUAUAAAACAGUAUUGGGAAUAUGAAUGAAACAUAUUUAUUGUAUCAGAGUACAUCAUUCUUAACAAUCUUAGGUUAUCCCUUUUUCAAUGCUUUAAUAUAUAUUAAUUUAUAUUUGUCCUGAUAUUUUUCUAUUUUGGUAAACACAAAAUGACUCAAAGUCAGGAUUUUCUUUUUCUCUUCUAAAAGUAACAUAGCAAAUUGUGUCUUAUGGAUUUGUUUUGUCUGAUAUGUGUUCGCUAAUGUGGUUGUGUAACCGGCAAUGUCCCAAAAGUCUAGGGACGGUGCCGGAAAAAAAAAUGUACAUUAGAGUGUCUUCACAUUAGAUGGAAAAUUAUAUAGAAGUAUUUUUCCCUACAUAUAAUAUAAAUAUAAUGUAUAUUUACGUAAAACUAAAACUGUGUUGUAGGCAGACAGAUGUCUCUAGACUUUAGUAAAUCCUUUCUAUCCCCUCCCCCCACCCCCAUGAACUUUUUUUAUCUGUCUUAUGGAACAGUUUAUCCUGUUCCCAAUUGUGAUUUUUAUUUCCCCAUAAUAAGACUACCAUAGUAUUAUGUGGUUCCCAUGUUAAUAUGCUGCUGCUAAACUACAGUAUAUGAUUGUUAAUGGUUGGUAGUGGGCUGUGCUCUUCUUUCCUUCAAUAAAGAAAACAACAGGCACUCUGUACAAAAAUAUUUGUUAAGUUCAAAAUUUUUUACAUUUGUAUUUACAAAAAAAAAGAUAGGUGUACAUGUGUAAUACAUCGUGUUUUGUCUUACUUGGACUGAUAUCAGUAAUGCAACUGAUGUUUGUAAAUUAAACAAAUACUUCCAUAACUUCUGCCUCAUCUCCGU